AUGAAAACAUUGAAGCUUUCGGAUAUACGAGGACAUAUGUUAGCGUUUGCCAAGGAUCAAGUUGGUUCGAGGUACAUUCAACAUCAAAUUGAACAUAGUGAUCAAGUAGAAAAGGAUGAAAUAUUCGACGAAGUGUUGGAAAACUGUGUUGAGCUUGUUGAUGACAUUUUUGGCAAUUAUGUCAUUCAGAAAUUUUUUGAACACGGGGAACCAAGACAUUGGUAUGGAUUGGUGUCUGCGCUUCGCGGGAAGAUUCAACGAUAUGCGAAGAAGAUGUACGCCUGUCGGGUUCUUCAAAAAGCUCUAGAAAAAGUUGACGAAAAACUGCAACUCGAUAUUUUAUCUGAAAUUCGUGGACAAAUUCUGGAAUGUAUGGAAGAUCAAAACGGAAAUCACGUGGUUCAAAAAGCCGUCGAGAAAGUCCAUCCUAAUCAUAUUCAAUUCAUUGUUGAUGCACUUUUGUCUAAACCAGACAAGGUUUUUGAAAUGUCUGUUCAUACGUAUGGAUGUCGAGUUGUCCAAAGAGUGUUGGAACACUGCAUUCCCGAACAAACGAAACAUGUUAUUGAAAGAAUCCACGAAAGAUUUGAAGAAAUUGUAGUGGAUCAAUACGGAAAUUACGUUAUUCAGCAUGUUGUUGUGCAUGGUUCGGAAAUGGAUAAAAUGAUAAUUGUAGAUAAGAUUUCCAAGAACUUGUAUAAUUAUGCAAUUCAAAAGUUUUCGUCAAACGUAAUUGAGAAGUGUUUCCAAAAAGGAACAGUUCAACAUAAAAACAUGAUCGUGAAAUCUGCUUGCCGUAUAACAGAAGAAAAUCUCCCUGUCAUUGUCUUAAUGAUGAAAGAUCAGUUCGGCAAUUACGUUGUACAAAAAAUGUUUGAAGAGGUAACGCCGGAGCAACGUCGCGAGCUUGUGCAAGUGACUAAACCGCAUAUUCCGUACCUCCGACAAUUCCAGUACGGAAAACCAAUACUGUCUCGUCUGGAAAAACAUUUCCUCAAGGAUAGCGAUGAUAGUUUUGAUAAUCCAACCAAUAAUACAAAUGUGAAAGAAGUGAAACAAGAAGUUGGAUAUGUCGAAAAUGAAGAAGAAGAGGAAAUGUUUGAUGUUAAUAGUUUGAUUACGAUAGAAGAUGUUUCGAUCGGAGAAUUGACCAUUCAAAUGGCAAAGCUAUUGCAGACUUUAUUAAAACGGGGCAUCUCGUCUGCUGGAACUUAUUUUGAGUAUGCGAUCAAAAUUCUUUAUCGCUCAGCCAUGUUCAAAGAAAUUGAGCCAAAUCCUGUCGUUUCUCUUAUUGUUCGCGGUAUCACAAUGAUGAUACUUGAAAAAGAGGAAAGAGAAGAGGAAUGUAAAGAAGUCGAAAAGAUUAUAAUGAUGUUCGUUGCCAAACUUGCCGUGUUUGCGAAUGCGCAAAAUUUCGCGUUAUUAUUAAACGAACUUGUCUGUUUAAUUGACAAGAUAUUCUACCACUCUGAAGCAAAUGUUCGUCAACGAGUUUACCAGUUAAUCGGUCUUAUACUAAUCGAAUCAAAUAAUGUUCGCGAGGUGGAUAAUGAAAUCGCCGACGAAGCUUGGCUUAUCGCAGAUGACACAACCGAAGUUUUGGAUGCAGUUAAAGCGAAUACUCUACCCGAAGGAAUUCAGAAUCGAUGGCUUAAAUGGUUGUCAUCUUCUGUUUUGGACAAAAGUCCAAAAGUACGAGCUGCUUCUAUAUUUGCACUUUCUCAGAUGGAUCCGAAUUACGAAUUCAUUGAUAGCAACUUGAUUUGUAAAAGCAUGUCGGACAUUGACGAAAACGUGCGAUCUAUGGCUGUGCGGCAUGUCCAUUUUCUUGAUUCACAUGAUAUUGAUAGUGCAUUCUAUUUUAUUGAACGGUGUACAGAAAACAAGAUUCGACAUCAAUUGGUUGUUCGAUUGGCUUCGAGUGUUCAUUUAUUGUCUUUUUCUCAGGAACAGAGAUUUCGUUUCAUCGAGAUUCUUGCCAACAGCGACAGUGUUCGAAUGCAAGACGCAAUUCAUCAAAACCUUGUUGAAUCAUGGAUGACUCACGCGUCAGAAAAUAUAAGUCAAUUAUCACUUUUUAAAAUAGGCCAUCAAUUCAUCAUUCCGGGUGAAGAUCGAGCUGACGAAAAAAUUUUGUUCCAAUUCCCCAGUUUGAUUCUCGAAUAUCUCGAUCCAAUAGAGAAUCCGCAUGCGACAUCUAUUGCGUUGAAAUUCGCCAUCACGAGAUACAUUCGGUUCAAUACAAGUCAUGCGACGAAUCUUAUAGAUUUUGAAACUUUUCUAACUAAUAUGCUUGAUUUGAGUGUGACGCAAUGCGAAGAAAGCUUAUGUGAUUGGACAUGCUAUGCAGCAAACGCUAUAUUGAUUACUGGCGACGACGGAAGACCUGUUGAUGAAGAUGCGGAAAAUGCGGUCGCGUCUGGAAAGAUUCUAACUCCGAUGCUCCGACGAGCAACUGCCAUGCUCUUAGCAGUUUGCCAGCAUGAAGAUGUUAAAAGCAGAUCAGUUUUGAUGAACACACUUUUCAAAUUUUUGAUUCCUACGUUAUUAAGUAAUUUUGAUGACGAAGUGAGAUUGGACGGUAUAGAACUCAUCGGUAGUGCAAGCGUGGUUGAUGUUCAGAGUUAUGCACCAUAUCUGACAUUUGUGAUUAUGAUUAUUGAGACAAAUAAAGUCAAAGAAUUUGGUGAAAAGAUGACUGUUGAAGCACUGAAAAAAUUACAAUCGAUCUGUAAUCGAACCAUUACGAUCAAAGACAGAGCGUUAAGGGUUAAAUUAGGAUCAUUAGAUAUUGAGAAAAAUAUCAAGGAAGAGGUAUUUGAAGAAGCUGAAGGACCGAUCCCUGAAACUUGUAGCAAGAAGCGAAAAAAUUCGCAGCGCGAUGUAGUGAUUGAUUCGAAGAAGAAAAAAACAAUCAACGAAGAAAUCUGGAUCGAAACUGAUUCUGAUGAAGAUGACGGUUGUAAUAAUAGUUUCGAGUAUGUCCCCAGACCAACUCGUCGAAGACGGACGACAUCGUUGGCAUCGUCAGGAGUUCCCAAAAAACGGAGUUUAUUGAAUUUAGACGAUGAGAAAGAAAAACCAAAUGAUUUCGAUUUGUAA